AACUAACGCAGAAGAUGUAAUUUUUACGAUACAAACGACCAAAAAGUUGAAAAACAAGUUCGCAGGCUAUCACUGAGAAUGGUUUUCUCGAUAUCGUGUGAUAAUAACUUACUAGUGUAUUCGCAGUUAGCAAACCGUGUAGUGCCAUCUCUUUAUUAAAUAUUAUUUAAUGGGGAAUAAUGUAAUUUUUGUAAAAAUUAGUCAAAUAACGUAAAAUAUUGUUUAAAAUAAUGGAAUCCGUAAUACGAACGGUUAAUUUUUUCUCUCGUGUUAAUAAUAUUUGUAUUUAUGUAUUUUUAUUCAAUUUUGUGGUGUGUUUUAGCGUCAUAAAAUCGUCCGAUGAUUUCAGAUUGCACAGGUACAAGAAGCAAAUCUCUGAUGAUGACUUAACGUUUCGUUGUAAAAAUGGACAAGUUAUCGAUUCGUCGUUAGUUUGCGAUGGAAAAGCGAACUGUGCUGAUAUUUCAGAUGAAAGUUUGGAACAAUGUCGUAAUUCACCAUGUUCGUCGUUGUUCUUCAGAUGUUCUUAUGGAGCUUGUAUAGAUGCUGCUUUGAAAUGUAAUGGAAAAGCUGAUUGUGUAGAUAAAUCUGACGAAUCUCGAAGCAUCUGUCCGUUGGAUCCGAAUGUUAAUACUGUAUGCAAUGAUACUCAGUUUCAAUGCAUCAAUGAACAAUGUAUUGAUAUCAGUCUACUUUGUGAUGGAAAAAGAGACUGCAUAGAUGGAUCUGAUGAAACAUUCAAUCGUUGUCAUAACACACCGUGUAAUACUUACCUAUCCUUCCGGUGCGAUUAUGGAGCCUGUGUAGAUGGAAGUUUCAAAUGCGAUGGCAAACCACAAUGUGCAGACGGAUCUGAUGAAUCUGACCGAACUUGUAAAAGACCAACACCAUCUAAACCCAAACCGACACCAACACCGACUACUUCUGCAGCUCCUUUGCCCGAGGGUCAUUGCGCCAUUCCAAUAUCAUACAUAGAUAAAACACCAACAUACAAGUGUCCUGGAGCAGCACAAACGCAAUCCUGUAUCAGAAAUGGUGGAACCGCUGUUCCCGAAUACACCAAGGCUACUUUCUCAUGCAAACCAGGAUAUUAUCGAGUUGAUACUAAGACUGUGAAUUGGGUUUGUCUGGAAGGAAGCUGGUCACCGGAAUUACCCAAAUGUGAAAAAAUAUGUGAUAAACUGAAUCCUGUAAACGUUGAUCUCACUUGUUACCGUAAUAAUGGUUCGAUCGAUUGUAAUGGACCUUUAAUUACCGGCGACAGAGUACAUCCUACCUGUAAGCAACUUCAUACUUAUAAAGAUUUCGUUCCAAUUUAUCAAGAAUUAGUCUGCCAAGAAGAUGGAAAAUGGGAUAACAUUUUGUUUUCUUGCGUUCCGGAAUGUGGACGUCCAUUCACGGGUGCCGUGACUUUAAUAUCGAAUGGUACAGUGGAAAAGUAUGGGGAUUCACCAUGGCAUGUGGCCAUUUAUGAUAUCACUAAAAACCUAUUAAUUUGCGGUGGCACCAUGAUAAAUCCUCACUUGAUUGUAUCAGCUGCUCAUUGUUUCUACGAUCGUCCAAAUCAGAAAAAAUUGCCCGAAGUAAAUUACGAAAUUGUGGUUGGAAAAUUUACACGAAAUUACGCGUCGAAAGAUAACCCCGAUCAAAAAUCAUUCAAGAUUAAAGAAAUUCGAUUUUCCAACAAAGGUUACUUCGCAACGCUAACCUAUCACGCAAAUGAUAUCGCUAUAUUAAUUUUGAAUGGAAAAAUUGAAAUCAGCCCGACAGUUUUACCAGCAUGUGUAGAUUGGAUUCAUACAGAGAAGUUUCAUCCUCCUGAAGGCACUCCGGGAAAAGUCGUCGGAUGGGGUAAUAACGAAUAUGGAAAAUUAAGCGAACAAUUACUAACGGCUAAUUUACCUUUCAUCAGCAAUACCCGAUGUAUCUCCAUUGUGCCCAACGAUUUCAAAUCGUACAUAACUUAUGAUAAAUUUUGCGCUGGUUCUGAAACAGGACCUGGUGUAUUGCAGGGGGAUAGUGGAGGUGGAUUGUUAUUCCGAGAAGGUGCAUUUUACUACAUACGAGGUAUUGUCAGCUUGAAGCAACCUGCAGCCACGGCCAUCGCUGCUUUUACCGACAUAGCUGACCAUAUAACUUGGAUUUUAAGCGUAAGGAAUGAGGUGGAACAAGAUAUUAUUAAGAAAGAGACUACGCUGGCUUCGAAGGGUUGAAGAUGAUGUUGCUCUGAGCUGCCAUUUGAAUUCGCAUUUAUACGAUACCUAUACCUACUUAUUUGCCAGUAGUUGUGAGGAAGAAACUUUCUAUGUGUAUUUUUUUUAUUAAAUUGAGUUUUGAUAUUA